AUGGGCUCAAUCGGUCCAACGAGUACCCAAAAACGCAAAGUCCAAACCAGCGAUGUCGAAAAUCUCAAGGCUCUACUUUCCGACACCAACGCAAAGAUUACACCUCCCAACGGUUCCGAGGACUACAAAGCAGCUAUAGCACGAUGGUCAAUGGCAGCCGCUAAGCCCGCCGGGCUUGUUGUACAACCCUUAAGUGCAAAGCAAGUCGCCAUUGUGGUCAAAUAUGCCAGCGAAAACAAUAUUGAACUUGCUGUCAAGGGCGGUGGUCACUCUACAGCAGGUGCAUCCUCGACUGAUGGUGGACUCUUGAUCGUGCUGGAAUCGUUGAGACAAGUCACUAUUGAGGACUGGCCAGCUGAACCUGGUCAGAAAGUUUUUAGAAUCGGAGGUGGUGCUAGCUGGGGCGAUGUCGAUAGAGAAGGUGUCAAGUACGGUCUACAUACUGUCGGCGGUACAGUUGCUGAUACUGGUGUUGGCGGCUUGACUUUGGGAGGUGGCUACGGCUGGCUGAGCGGACAGUACGGCUUGACUAUCGAUUGCCUGGUUGAGGUCGAGUGCGUCCUUGCGAAUGGAGGCAUCGUACGAGCAAGCGAGAAGGAGAAUACAGACCUCUUCUGGGCUUUAUGCGGUGCUGGUCAGAAUUUCGGUGUCGCAACAGAAUUUGUAAUGCGAGCAUAUCCUCAAGGCGGAAUGUGGAUAGGUCUUGUCUUAUUCGAUACACAACCGCAAACCAUUGAGAAAAUCGUCAGUGUCAUCAACGACAACUACACCCCAAAUGCAGACGGCAGAACAAAGUUCAAAGGCCAGACCAUGGGCGGUCUAGGAUUCAUAUCACCUCCUCCUGCCAAAGGAAAGAUCAUGACCUUUGUCUCCAUCGUCUUUAACGGCACCGAAGAACAAGGCAGAGCAGCAUGGAAACCACUCUUCGACAUCGGACCAGCCAUGGACACAAUGGCAAUGCAGCCCUACCCCGUCGCCAACACCUUCCUGGCGCCCCCCAUAGGUCUAAGAAGCAGCAUGAAAGGCUCAAGUUUCCAGCUACCUCUACAACCCACCUUUGUCUCAGAAGUCCAGCAGAUGUACACCGACUUCUUCACCGCAGACCCCGAAGACCGAGGCAUCACACUCCUCAUGUUCGAACUAUACGACCCUUGGAAAAACAUGCAAUCUUCUCACGGAUCCUUCGCCAAUCGCGGCACACAUAUGAACGCGUUGAUAUGCCCGAUAUGGAAAUCUGCAGAAAGUGACGCUCAGUGCCGCCAGUGGGCGAGGGAUCUGAACGAAAUGUUCAAGAAACAGCUCGUGAGUCAGGGUGUGGAGACUAGUGAAGGUGGUGCGGCUGGAGGAGUUGCGCCUAGGAGCAAGAAGGGUGGUGUGAUGUUGUAUGGAAACUAUGAUCAGUAUGAUGAGAGGAGUAGGGACAUAUUUGGAGAUAAUUAUCCACGAUUGCAGCGUCUCAAGGCGCAAUAUGAUCCAGGAAAUGUUUUUAAUAAGUUGUUUCCCAUAUACCCAGAAGCCUAG